AUGAUGAACUUUUGUGACAUUAAACUCAAAGACGAUCCCAGUUUGAUAUCCAGAAGAAUGAUUCGUUUGGGAAACACAAGCGAAUCCAAUGGAAUCAGAAUCAUGUCUUGGAAUAUAUGCUCAGAAGCUUUGGCCAUUCAUUACGACCGGUUCGAUACGAUAAGCGCCGACGACUUGCACUGGUCUAAGAGGGUCUGGAAGAUCGUUGUGGAAGUGCUCUCCUAUUCUCCAAUUGACAUCAUAUGUAUGCAAGAGACCAAUCAAGUGGUCCUCUGCUCCACAUUCAAGCACAUAGAGUCAGGCCGUGAGGUAUGUGUGGCCACCACUCACCUCAAGGCCAGGAGAGGCCCCAUUCUGUCCGUAUUUCGCAAUGAACAAGGAAAGGAUUUGAUGAAGUAUUUGGCAAAGAAGGCCAAAAACAUACCAUUAGUGUUGAGCGGAGACUUCAACGCCGAACCAAACGAAUCGGUUUAUAAGACAAUUACAUCGCAAAUGGUUUCCGCAUAUAAGGAGGGACUGAAAGAUGAGCCCAUUUUCACGACUUGGACUAAACGCCAGUCGGAGAAGGAAUUGAAGCGAACACUCGAUUACAUAUUCUUCACCAAAAAUCACUUCAAAGUGACAGCAAUUGUGUCGCCGGAGAGCCAACAGUUGACGAAACCGAUGCCCAACGGGAACUACCCGUCCGAUCACUUGUCAUUAAUAACUCAUUUAAAUUUUAUUAACUAAUAAGUUAUCAUUUGUUUCUAUCUAUAAAACUUACAUUUUAUUC